AUGGAAGAUUAUAUUAUCUCUAAAUUAAAUGUUGAUUAUGAGAUUAUCAUUAAACCCUGGUUCCCAAGCAUUGAUAUUAAAGUUUAUGAUUCACAUGAUUUGGCUUAUGAACAAAUGUCUGAAGUUGCAGUACUAUACGUCAGAGUUUUAUCAUCAUUCAAUGAAUUAAACGAACCAGAUGCUGCUGUUGAAUCUGUUUUCACUGCUUAUCCAGAUACUAAAACUCAAUUGAUUAACCAACAAGAUGUUGAUUACUUCUUAUUAUUAUGUCAAAACCCAGCUCAAAAACCAGUUCCAUUUGUUCCAGUCUUGGAUCAAAAAUUUGAAGUUUUCUUCAAAAAAGAUUCCUUAUGGCAAUCAGAAGAUUUAGAAGCUGUUGUUGGUGAAGAUGUUAAAACUUUAGGAAUGAAAAUUGUGUAUAACAUAUCUAAAUAA